AUGGCGCGCUUAUCCUCCCUCAUCUCCACGUCCGCGACUCCCGCAAUCACCGACCUUCCCACGCACGACCACCCGGAAGACACAAUGAGCCUCGACGUACCAGAACAGCUUCUGACACCAGAGAAUAGCCGCUCUGAGACCUCCAGCAAUAAUGAAAACGCGUUAUCUGAGGAGAAACCCGCACCCCGCCGGAGGUCAACACGUGUGGCACGCGCAUCAUUACAGGCGGCUGAGACUCUGGAGGCUACACCCGUCGAGGAUGAUGAUGCUGCUGCCUCGACUAGCCAGGCUUAUGUCGACAGCCUUGUCCAGGCAAAGCGAACUCGUUCCUCGCUGCGACACAGCAUCGCCGUGAUGGAAUCAUCCUUGUUCAACGGCACCGCUCUCCCCGACGACGAUACAAUUAUGACCGACGGUCACCCAAUGGCUCCCGACACACCAGUUUCGAAGUCUUCACAGGAACCACAAGCUGGAGAUAUGGCCACUUCGCUCCAACAGCGAACUCUGCGAAAGCGCGUGGAAAAGGCUUUGGCCGAAGAUGCACAGACACCCAAGGCCAAAGCAACGCCAAAGAGCGAUUCUCGCAAUUCGGUGCGCCGCUCAACCCGCUUGAGCCUUGUCGAUAGAGCGUCAGAUCUGUUAGACCGUGCCAACAGUGUUCUGGGCAAGCGCUCGCGAGACUCGAAUGGCAAGGGCAAGGAAGUCGGUCGACGUGCCAGCCUUCGGCCUCGAAACGUUGCGCCAGUCAAGGACGAUGCACCUGCCCCCGCACCUGAACCUGCCGCGAAGAAGCGCCGUGUCUCUGAAAGUGACUUAUCCAAGUUGCGCGAAGAAGAAACAAAGACUCAUUCAGAAGAGCCGACUGCCCCAGCUCCCCCGCCUCGGUACAAGCCCAAGCGUUGGUUAUCGCACGGGUUAUACACGGGGCAAGAACCCUCCGACUCGCCUCCCAAGCAGCGUCGCAGCAAAACUUCUGCGAAGGCCAGCAAUGUCCCCGCACAGCGACGUCUGCUUCCCAUGCCCAUGUUCACUGGGGCCCGCAUAGUCAACAUUGGCAGAGAUUACGUUGUACCAUUCGACAUUUUCUCGCCGCUUCCACAAGGUCAACCAAAGCCGGACGAAUGGCGCAAGACAAACAAGAAUGUUUUUGUUGGGGACGCUGCUAGCGAAUGGAAAGCCAACAAGAAGCUGGAGUUGUCUACAUGCAUGUGCGAGGAGGAGACUGGCUGCGACGAGAACUGCCAGAACCGCUACAUGUUCUAUGAGUGUGACAGUGGCAACUGUAGACUCGGCCCAGAGUGCGGAAAUCGGAAUUUCAACGAGCUCAAGCACAGGACGAAGGCUGGGGGCAAGUACAACAUCGGUGUCGAGGUGAUCAAGACAGCCGAUCGUGGGUACGGUGUCCGGAGCAAUCGUACCUUCGAACCAAACCAGAUUAUCGUCGAAUACACUGGAGAGAUUAUCACACAGUUUGAGUGUGAAAGGAGGAUGCGAUCAGUGUACAAGAACAAUGAGUGCUACUACUUGAUGUACUUUGAUCAAAACAUGAUCAUUGACGCUACUCGAGGUUCCAUUGCUCGCUUUGUCAACCACUCUUGCGAGCCUAAUUGCCGCAUGGAAAAGUGGACUGUCGCUGGCAAACCACGCAUGGCUCUCUUCGCUGGCGAUCGAGGUAUCAUGACUGGGGAGGAGCUGAGUUACGAUUACAACUUUGAUCCUUACUCGAACAAGAAUGUCCAGCAGUGUCGCUGUGGAUCGGAUAAUUGCCGAGGAAUCCUUGGUCCACGACCAAAGGAUAAAGAUCAGCGAGCUAAAUUAGAGGAGAAAUCUCAGGGUGCCGAGAAGAAAACCAAGAAGGUUAUUGGCAAGAAGCGAAAGAUGGCCGAUGCACAGGGCACGACCUCGCAGAAAGGAAAGAAGCGCAAGCUGCUGACCCCUAAGUCGAUCAAAGCAGGUGUCAAGAAGGUCGUGGCUAAAGCCACCGCACGAGGAAAGGGAGCAGCAACCAAAAAGACGACCAAAGCCGUGGCGGCCACCGGCCGAGGUAAGGCUGCCAAGAACGUUAAACUGCCCAAAGUCAAGGCCGCAUCAAGAGUCAAGGCUGCGGUUCGCAAUGGACCCCGUUCAAAAGCGAAACCUGCAAAGGCAACAGCUGCCUCAUCAGGAAAUGGAUCAUCACCGCUUAAGCGGCCGUCUCCCGAGACCAAGAAGAAGAUUUUGGCGCAUGCUAAGGGCACUGGUCGUUCGUCUCCCAAGAAGUCACCUGCCAAGGCUAAGAAGACUGAGGCGAAGUCUCCUCGCAAACCUGCCGGAAGAAAGGCACCAACAAAGAGCCCAGUCAAAGCUCGAAUGCCCAUUUCUAAAGCCAAAAAGUCGAGCACGGUCUCCGGUCUUAAGGCGAAGAGAAGCUUGAAGGGCAGCGUGAAGAAGGCCGCGAAAAGCGUUGUGCGUACUGUGAGGGGGGAGAAUAACUAA